ACCAAAAACAAUCAGGCGGGAAGUCAAUCGACCACUGACGCUUCACGCAACUGAUCUCCGACGAUGAGAAACUCCACUCGCCGCCGAGCCGCCGACUCCCUAGCAUCCGACCGACGACCUCCGCCACCCACACCCACCAGCGUCGCCCCCACACCCGGUGAACCAUGGGCCUUCAUUUCCACAGGCCGCGACUCCGACGCCAGCUUCGCCAGCAGCCGCCCUUCUUCCUCUGCCGGCAUGAAACCUCGCACCUCCGCCGCCCCUAUCACCAACAAAUCCUACCAAUCAGCUUCGCUUGACUCCAUCAACAACUACCUCUCCUCCCACUCCUUCCCCAUUUCCCUCAAGCCACCUCUCCCCUCUGCUAAAGACAUCACCGAAACCCUAAAAUUCCUCCUCUCUCGCAUGGGCUUCGCCCCCUCGAAAAUCGAUGACGACCUCCAAAUUGUCUUGAAAUCCUUAAAUUGCCCUGUCAAACUGAACAAAUCUGCCCUACGUGCUCCCGGCACGCCUCACUCUUGGCCUAGUUUACUUGCCGUAAUUCACUGGCUUGUUCAGAUUAAUAUACUUGAUGAUAGUCUAAUAAGUGUUCGGUCAAAUUUCGAGUCAAAUGAUAUGCUCCGGUAUACAACCGACAGUUAUUUGUUGUUUAUAAAGGGGGACGAUGAGGCUGUGGAAGCGUUGGAUGAUGAAUAUGUGAAGAAGUUGACCAGUGGGAGGGAGGAAAUGGUGGAAGAUUUGAAAGGUUUGGAGGAGAAUGUGAGUGAAUCGGCUAAGAAAUUGGAGUCGUUAAAGACGGGGCCUAGUCAGAGGGAGGUCUUGGAGAAAGAGAAGAGCAUGUUGGAGGAGGACGUGAAGAAGUUUCAUGCCAUGAUUGAGCAUUUGGAUCGGCAUAUGGUCACCGUGGAAAAUGUUUUGAAGGAGAAGGAGGAUCAAUUGAAUGCUAAGGUUUUGGAGACCAAGAGGGUUAAAGAGGAAAAUGAGGAGUUGAAGAGAAAAAUUGAGGAGCAGGGGAUUAAUGCCUCAGAUGCGGAGAGGAUGAGGAAAGAGUUGAUGGCUGUAGAGAAGGAUAUCAAAGACGCUGAGAUAUUGAGGAAUGGAUGGGAGGAAAAGCGCUGGCGUCUGAAUUCCGAAAUCGAGCACAAACUCCAGGAGCUUGAGGGGCAGAUCAUUGAGUGUAAUCAAGCUAUCCGAAGGUUAAAGCUUGGAAUUGAAUGUCAGUAUCAGCUGAAUGCAGAAGGAUCCACAACUGUCAAGUUGUUGGGGUUGGAUUACAAGUCAACCCUCAAGCCUGCACUUGCCUCUUUUGAGGAGAGCAUAAAGAAAGGCUCCAUGGAGAAAUUAGAAGAGUUGAUAAGCCUUCAGCAACAGUCAGCUGAGGUUGAAGCUAAAAUAGAGGCUAAAAGGAAUAAAGCUGCAACUUGUCAAUCUGAAAUAGAAGAGGUUGAAGCUCAUAUAGAUAGAAUAAGGAAAGAAACACAGGAGUACGCUUCAAGAUGUGCAUCUGAAGCUUCAAAGAUGGUAGAGGAACUUGAAGCAGAAACUCAUAAACUGGAAAUUGUUGAAAAAGAAGCGACACAGUUUCUCAAGGCAUCUAAGGUGAAGUUGCAGGAAACAACACUGCAAAUUGAUGAAGAAGUUCAAUUAUGUGCUCGGGAACUUUUUUUGUUGAUUGAUUCUGUUUCAAAAUAUAAGGAGUACAUGGCAUCAAAAAUUGCGGACAUGAAAAAUGAACUUUUAGAAACUGUAGGUGCCAUAGCCGAUCUGCACAAAGCUUCUUUGUCAGCUAAAUUGGCUUGUAAAGAUCCAGAAAGGGGUUCAUGAAUAACAUCAAUAUCUACUGGAAGAGCAAACAAUCAGUCCGUUGGCGCAAAUAGCCACAAACAGCUUCUUUUUAUUCCUCAAGCAGGUAUUGAAAUAGUAAAGCUAGCCACUGAUGUAAAUUUGUUAAUUGAUGAUUGUUGAAUUAUGUGGGACUUUAUUAUCUGCUCCUGUUGUUUCACAGAUGACAACUUUAGAAAGUGUUAGAGCAGAUUCUGAAUGAACCUUUGGA